AUGCAGUUGCCGCAGAGCUAUGAUACCUUGUCGAGCUUCACCCAAUUCGAGAUCAAGUCUCUGCAGGUUUUGUCGUACGUUUCUCUGAUUCGGAAGCCAAGAACUUCGGUUUUCCGUUGCUGGUUGUGAUGAAACUGAAGCAUUCGUGGGUUCCUUCCCUAUCAGGUCGAAGAUGCUAUCUGGGCUUCCGAGAAGAUUCCUGCAAAGGUUCACUCGGAGUGGGAAGAAACCGUCAGUCUUAUGCAAGAAAUAGGAAUGAAGCCUCGGUUGAGAACUUUCAGAUCUUGGCUGUGGGCUUCUGCAACUGUGAGUGGGUUUGUUUUCUGAGUAAUCUGAGUCAGUCUCCGCCUGCUUAAUCUAAUAUAUUUAUCUUCAUCUUGCUGUUCCCUUGCGGAAUUUCAAAGAUAUCAUCUCGCGCGUUACAUGUACCCUGGGAUGAGGCCGGGUGCUUGUGCCCCGUCGGCGAUUUCUUCAACUACGCUGCACCUGGAGACGAGUCUUCCUCUGAAGAUGCAGACGAAGAGACUUCAGCUGAAGGCGCUGCCUGGAAUUCUGAAGCUAGUCUCCGUCAAAGGUUAGCAGAUGGUGGCUAUGAAGAAGAUGAAGCUGCUUAUUGCUUCUAUGCGAGGAGGAGAUAUAACAAGGGAGAGCAGGUAUCUACCAUCUUUUACCAGUUCGAGUAAAAAUAUGAAUUUUAAUGUUGACAAAGAACAGUUAUACCUCUAUGUGAUCCGCUGCUCACUGCAGGUUCUUCUGUGCUACGGCACAUAUACAAAUCUUGAGCUUCUCGAGCACUACGGAUUUCUCCUGAGCUUAAACCCGAACGACAAGGCCUUCAUACCGCUCGACCCGGGCAUGAAAACCUCUAGUACCUGGCCAAGAGACGCCGCCUACGUUCAGGGAGAUGGAAGACCCUCUUUCGCCUUGCUAUCCACUCUGCGCCUGUGGGCGACGCCACACCACCUCCGAAGGAUGGUCGGCCGCCGCGCUUACUCGGGACUGCAGCUCUCAGUGGAGAAUGAGGCCUCUGUGAUGAAAUGGCUCACGAACAAAUGCCAAGCAGUGUUAGAUGAGCUCCCCACGGGACCGGCAGAGGACUCUUCGACGAUGGGGAUGGUGGACAGAAUGCAAGAAUGCUCUUCCUGGGAGGACUGCGUCGGCCUGGUGCAAUCUUCCGGAGGCGAAAUCCGGGAGUUCCUUCUGGCGAAUGGCUUGGAGGAAGACGGAGUUGCUGGUUCUCCGUUGCCGGGGAAGGUGAAGAGAUCAAUGAGGAGGUUUAGAUUGGCGCUGCAAUGGAGGCUCUGCUACAAGAAAGCGCUCCUGCAGUGCAUUUCUUACUGUAGGGAUACGAUUGAUACGAUUUCAUCUCAGCGUCGUUAG